AUGGGGCGCAAGACCCUGCGAAUCCUCUGCUUCGGCGACUCCCUGACCUCGGGCUACUUCUGCUGGGGCAUGGGAUCGCACCCCUACGCUCUCAAGCUUGAGGAUCGCCUCACGGGUGCUUUUCCCGAUGUCGACUUUGAGGUGGUCGCUGAUGGCCAGCCUGGGGAUGUUGCUUCGUUUGAACGUUUUCGCAAGAGGAUGGAGGCUGCCUGGAGCAAGAAGACCUACGACUGGACCAUUAUCCUAGGCGGCACCAACGACAUUGCAUACGCUAUCCCUCCAGUCCAGAUCUUCGAGGCCCUCAAAGAAGUCUACGACAUUGCCCUUAGUAGAGAGCACAAGGUCCUCGCCCUCACCGUCCCCGAGUGCGAGGCCAAGGGUGAGCGAGGCAUCGAGUCUAGGCAUGAGCUCAACCAGAUGAUCCUCAACAACAAGGACACUAACUACUACUCCUUUGAUCUCCACGCUCACAUCCCCUUUCACUCGCUCUCAGAAGCAGAUCGUGAAAAGUACUGGGAUGACGGACUACACCUCCGUGACGAUGGCUACGACUGGAUGGGAAAUCACAUUGCCAACGCCCUGAUAGACAUCCUGCGGCGCGAAGACACCCUCGGCAGUCCUUCUCAGCUGGAAUUCGAGGAUGACUUUGUCUUUGAAGAGGAAGAAGGCAACCCUCGCAAAAUCAGCGAGGGGUAUGUCGUCGUUCGCAAGAAAGAUUUGGACUAG